AUGAGCGAUCGCCACUUCACCACAGUGGUUCGUGUGCCCGGAUCUUCUGGUGACUCGGGAUUUCACCGUGAGGCCCUGAGUGAAGAUGAGAAGGUCAAGAUUGAACCUGGAAUGGAGGCGUGA